AUGAAAAAUGCUGGGUUUGAGGGGUAUUUUACAAAUCAUUCUCUGCGUCGUAGUUGUGCUACAAGACUGUACAAUGCCGGAUUCCCCGAACAAGCAAUUCAGGAGACUACAGGCCAUCGGUCAUCUGAUGGGAUUAAAGCUUAUAAAUGUACCUCGUCUUCGCUUAAGCGAAAAGCUAGUGAACUAUUGCAAGGUGAUCGAUGUACUUUUCCAGAGGGUGAAAGAGGUGUAAAAUGCAAAUAUGGCGCUAGAGAUUUGUAUGAAAACUUUAAUGAAUCAAGUAAAAUGUGUGAGAGUGUUACGUGUGAGGUUGGAACGAGUGUAGAAUGUAAAACCAAGACAGAUGUGAAACCGAAUUUUGAUAAAGUAGUGUCUAACUGUGAUCAGUCGAUUGUUAUUAACACAGAUUGCACAAAGAUA